AUGGGCGUGUCGAACGAGCGAGGAUUGAUCGUCUCGUGGGACGACGACGUGACGGUGGACGAGCGCGCGCGCGCGACGGAGGCGGUGGCGCACGCGGUGGCGCACGGAUGUGUGAUCGGAGAUCGGGAAAACGUGGGUGGGUACGCGCACGCGCCCGUGUCGUGCGCGCCGACGGUGUUUCCGAGGAGGGCGUACGAGCUCGCCCGAGCGGUCUCGCCGAGGUUCGCCGAGCUGUACGAUGCGGUCUCGAGAGACGAUGCGUUCAUGCGAAACGCGUUAAAGGGAGCGAUUAAGAACGAUGCGUUCACGGCGGCGCUGUGGAGGGUGUACGAGGAGUCGGGAGGGCAGGCGGGACGGCCGCGGGCCGAGGUGGGCGUCCUGCGAAGCGACUACAUGCUCGACGCGCCGAGCGGUUUACCUCUGCAGGUGGAGGUGAACACGGUGAGUACGUCGUUCAUGGCGCUCGCGACGAAAGUGAGCGCGAUGCAUCGUCACUUGGCGCGAUGGUCGGCGAAAGGCGGCGAAGCGGUCGAUCUCAGUGGGGUUCCGGAAAACGAAGCCUUGCAGUGCGCGGGCGACAUUCUCGCGGCGGGUUGGAAAGCCGGGGGAAGUAAAGGGAAGAUUAUGAUGGUGGUUCAGCCACACGAGCGCAACAUGUUUGACCAGAGACACAUCUCGCAAUAUAUCUUCGAAAAGUACGGCGUCCACACCGUGAGAGCGACGCUCGCGGAGAUUAACGCCGAGGGCGAGCUACGAGACGAAACGCUCACAUUUCAAGGCGAUGACAUUGGCUUGGUGUAUUUCCGCGCUGGGUACACGCCAACGGAUUACCCCACCGACGGAGAGUGGGCGGCGAGACUCAUGAUAGAGAAAUCGAACGCACUGAAGAGUCCGUCGGCGGCUAUGCACCUGGCGGGAUCGAAGAAGAUUCAGCAGAAGCUCGCAGAGCCGGGCGUGCUAGAGACGUUCAUGCCCGAACACGCGGAGGAAAUGCGUCGAGUCUUCGCCGGAUUGUAUUCUUUGGACGGAGAAGACGCGAUUAAAACGGUAGAGCUUGCGUUAUCUAAUCCAGCUGGCUUUGUCUUGAAGCCGCAGCGCGAGGGUGGGGGCAAUAACUUGUACUCUGACGAGCUGCGCGCUCGUCUCGAGCAAGGCGGAGACUUGAGCGAGUACAUUCUUAUGCAGCGCAUUCUCCCUCCCGCGCACCAGACGCUCACUGUUCGUGAAGGAGACGUGAAGAAGAUCGAAACUCUAUCGGAGCUCGGUAUCUACGGUAGUUAUUUACGAGUCGGGGACGAGGUAGUGAUCAACAAACACGGCGGGCACUUGUUGCGCACGAAGGCGGCGUCAUCCGACGAAGGCGGCGUCGCAGCUGGUUACGCCGUCUUAGAUUCACCUCUCUUAGUCUAA